AUGCCACGAUAUUCAAGAAAGCGACGAGAAAUUCCUUUUUAUGCUGGGAUUCUUGAAUACGGUUACGAGAUUUCGAUUGUCUACGCUUUUCAGCUGCGCAAAGGCGAUAUAAAAUGCGGGCGAAUCGGUACUUGGACGAAUCCUUCUUACACGAUCAAGAAUCCCCACUAUGCUGCGCUCAAAUCGCUUGAAAAGCUAUUCGAGCAUAUUGCUGCGCGACACGACUUCAACAAGAGAAAAAUCCGCAUCGUGGCUUACUGGGACAGCCAGAUUCGAAAUGGCUACUCUAGCUUGAAAAACUCGCUCGAAACGAAUAUGAAAAAAUACGAUGUGCAGCUUGUCUCUGUUCCCGGAAAAAUGUGGCGAAGCCCGGAACAUGUGAAGACUUACGGCUUGAUUAAAAAUUUUGCUGAAUCUUGCGUUUGA